AUGUUUGAAAAUUCAUUCUCAGUCAAAAAAAGAAUCCUGGUAAAAGAUUUGCCGUCUCAUGCUAUUCUAGAAUUCCAAAAAUCACUUUCAAAAGAAGCUCGGGUUUUAUCUGCGACAACGACUGAUGAAGUAGAAGCGAAAGAAUAUAAAGAAGCGUUGGUUUGGUGUGCUGAUAAUUCAGUUAAACCGGCUAGCGUUAUUAUCCAGAUAUCCGAAUUAGACGACAUUGUCAAAACAAUUAACUUUGUACGCACCGACAAUCUCGACUUUGCAAUUCGAGCCGGUGGUCAUUCAACUUCCGGUGCAUCUUCAACAAACCGUGGCCUUCUUCUUGACUUGAAGAAAUUAAAUAAAGUACCGUGUGUCUGUGGAGUUGUCAAUAAUACUGGCAUUGGUGGUUUGACUCUUGGCGGUGGUUUUGGAUAUUUGACUGGUCGCUAUGGUCUUAUGAUUGACAAUCUUGUAAGUGCGACGAUAGUACUUGCAGACGGCUCAGUGAAACAUGCUUCUUCGAAUUCUAAUCCCGAUUUAUAUUGGGGAAUACGUGGUGGCUGCAGUAAGUUUGGCGUGGCAUAUGAAUUCGUUUAUAAAGCGCAUGACCAAAAAAAUCAAGCAUACGCAGUAUUAUUAGCAUUUGAGGCAGAGAAAUUCGAAAGUGUUGUUGAAGCGUAUAUUGAAUGGUUGGGGAAAAGAGGAGAGGAUGACACUGUGAUGAUGAUAAUUGGACGUCAUCCUCCUGAAUAUAAAGUUAAGUAUUCCGUCAUUAUAUGUAUAUUAUUCAACAACUCAAAUUCUGAAGAAUUAUAUCUCCAUCGUUUCGAGCCACUUCUUCGUCUCACACCAUUUAUGAAGCAGGUUGCGCUUAUGCCAUAUCAUAUUGUCAAUUCACUUGGCAAUGAUAAUGCACCAUAUGGUGGUCAUGCUCGAGAAACAGCAAUAAUUUUUGAAGGCCAUGAUGGACGAAAAAUAGCAACCGUCAAACUAGAAGAUACAGCAUUCGGACAUCGACAUAACUUUUUUAGUGUUAAUAUCAGGCAAAAAUGGUAUAAUCCUGAGAAUGAUGUGCGCGUUCACGAAUGGGCUAAUUCGAUCGCUAAAGAA